CAAUUUUCCCCAAUCUAUAAUAUUUAUGUUUCAGGGAUUGAAUUUAGCGGUCACUAACUCGUGAAGUACGAUAAGAAUCAGAAGCUAGGUAAAGAAUCCGCAAGGAUGAAACCGAACGAGGAUAGAACAGAGGUUUUCCCUGGAAUGGUUAAAUAUGGAGGCUGUUCUGGGUCGGUUGGCUCAGUGAAGUGGAAAACGGGUGCCAUUGUUAUUGACAAAGAUGACAAGCUUGGAUGGAAAAUUAAAAUGAUGUUAGACUGUUCAGAGAAUCCUAUAUUAAACUAUCCACUCACUGCAGACACCUUGAAGAAACAUGUUUGUAAAGAUACAAUAUUAAUUGAUGUGAAGAGGACGAAAGCUGACAAGGAUUUGAUAUCUUUUUACCUGAAGGCGAAUGAUAAACGUGCAGCAAAACAUAUAGAGGCUUUGUGUAUCGAAGUGCUGACAAAGAACACAGCUGCACCUACCAGCAACUCAGAAGUUUGUAUCAAUUCAACACCUGCAAAGUCAAGCCUAUUUACACAUGUUGGUAAUUCACCACCAGUGGUGAAAAUAGAAAAAGAAAAUUGUUCACAAGUGUUUACAAGCAUGAAGUCACAUAAAAGGGAGCCAAUGGAUGAAGACGGGAAAGAAAAUUUUAAUAAAUCAUACUCCAAGACCAGUGAUCAGUUUUUACAGAGAGGGUCAGACAAGAGCAGGCAGUGUCUGGGAACAUUGUCAUCGUCAUCAUUAUUUUAUGGUAAAUCACCCGCACAGCCACAGCUUAGCAGUACACCAAAACCAUGGCUGAACAGCAAAAGAGGGCCAGGAUUGAUGCCAGACCCUACACCUAUAAAACGAGCCAGACUAAUGGACAGUAUAUCAUACAGUAUGAAGAUGAAACCAGCACAGCCGACCGACACGAACCACCAGCAAAUGUUACAAGGGUUCUCAAACUUGGGAAAUACUUGUUACAUGAAUGCUAUACUGCAGUCAUUGUUUGGUUUGGAGACAUUCUCUACUGACCUUAUGUCCAACAGAAGAGUGAUUAGAACUCUCCAACAACAGUCACUAUAUUAUGCUUUAGUCAAGUUAUUGUAUGUAAAGAGACAGCCCAAUGCAAGUGAUAUCUCACGGAGAGAGGCGUUGCGGCGGGUCAAAAGUGCAAUAUCAACAACAGCAAAAAGAUUCUCAGGAUAUGGACAACAUGAUGCUCAUGAGUUUUUAGGACAGGUGUUAGAUCAGCUAAAAGAGGAGGUGAUUAAAAUAUCCAAAGCCACGCCCACUCCAAAUAAGGAAAGUGAAGGCGGAGCAGAAAACAAAAUUGAUACUGUCUCACCAUACAGCGGGAAUAAUCCAAUCACUGUCAACUUUGAAUUUGAAGUCCUGCAUACAUUAACUUGUUUACAAUGUGAAGAACAAGUGACGAAGACAGAACAGUUCCAUGAUAUAUCUCUAGAUGUGCCAAAACGAAAGGAUUUGAUGACACCCAGAUCCUUGCAGGAUGCCCUGAGUUUAUUCUUCAAGAAUGAACAGAUAGAAUACACAUGUGAAAAAUGUGGACAUGGCAAAUCUGAUGUCUCCCAUAAGAUAACUCGGUUACCAAGGGUAUUUAUUUUACAUCUAAAGCGGUACAGUUACAAUCAAGUGUUUUCCAAACAUACAAAGAUGGGCCAGAAUGUGUCAGUACCGACUUACUUAACCAUGCAAAAUCAUUGUACUGAGGAAACACAGCCGGCCUUCCCUCCUACUUUUAAUGAACCUAGUCAAAGUGGAAACAAGAUGAAUGGUUUGGAUGAUUCUAAGGAAGACCUUCCCAGUAGGAGAAAGUUAGAAUAUCCAGGGUAUCAGUUUAAAAGCAAAACUACCUCAGCUGAAUCAGAUAGCAAGCUUAAGGACAGCGGUAACCCAUUUACAGAAACAAAGGAGAAGAAAGAUGAAGUGGAUUCUGUGUUAACAUUGGAAGACGAAGAUGACCAGGAGCUGAGUCGUGCGAUAGAAAUGAGCUUGAAAGAACAAGAAGAAAAAGAUCAGAUGUGCCGUGACUAUGGUGAAGACUCAAUGACCAGCUUUGAAAGAGUGUUGGAACUUAGUCGUCAGGAACGUAAAACAGAUGUACCAAAAGUCAAACAUGUGAAUCAGAUGACUGAAGAGGAAAUGAUUCAGCUUGCAAUAGAACAAAGUCUCAUGGACACACAAACUGAUGAUGUCAUUGAUCAUUUGUACACAAGAAACAGUGAUGUUCUUGGCAUAGAUGACCAUUCUUACACAGGAAAUUAUGACAUUGGACCAGAUGGUGAUAAUUAUGAAACACUUGCUGCAAAAAAUCACAAAACUUACGAAAAACGUAGACACAGUUCAGACAGCGAUCUUAAAAACAAGUUUGAAUCAGUUUCUGAUUUGUUUCCUUCUGAAAGUACUAGACUUAAGGAAAAUCUGUCAAAAUCAACGAAAGAAGAAGAAAGUAUUGUGUUAAAUUCUAGUAUAAGUAGUGAAGAAAGUGAAAGAAAUACAGGUGAAAGUAGUGACAUCAACAAUAAACAGACAUCUAGUAAUGUCACCGACGAGAAAAGUAACAAAAGUACAAUGGAAAAAACACCUGGAAAAGCCUGCAAAAAUAGCUGGAGAAAUAGACUCAAUAAUCUGUCUCGGCGGUUUUCAGCAAGCAGCGAUGAAGAACCUGUGAAUAAUGAGUUACUUUGUACCGAAGAAAUGCCUGAAAAUUUUGAAUUUGAAAUUGAGAAAAAGGAUAUAAAGGCAAAAUGUCCAGGAAAAGUGUAUGAACUUCAUAACAUUGAUGAUUUGAUUGAGGAUGAAAGCAAUAAGGAUGUACGAUCCAAUGGAGUUCAUAUAGAAGAGGAUUUAAAUACGACUGUGUCUGAUAAGUUAAAUGGGGAAAGUAAGCCAGACGAGGUGGUGGAAAGUGCUUCUUUAAAUAAUGAUGAAGAUGGGAAGUCAAGAGAGGAAAAAGUGAAUGGUUUACAAAGAGAUUGUCAGUUAACCAGUAAAGGAGAUGACACAAAGAAAACGAAGUUACCAAUAAAUGUAGCUGUAGAUGAGUUUGUGUUUGAGGCAGAGGAUGAAGAUGAUUCUUGGCUGUCCCUGGUUGAAGACAAGGAGAACAAAAAACCAUUGUCAGAAAAGCCAAAAUUGUCAGAUCCCUUAGAGUUCUCAAUGGAUAUUAACGAUACAUCAGCAGAUGAAGUGGACACUUACAUGGAGGAGAAUAUCGAAAUACCUGAGAUCAGUAAUGAGAAGGGAGAACUGCCUUACAGCUACAGACUGGUCAGCAUAGUCAACCACAUGGGGCUGUCAUCUGCAACAGGGCACUAUCUGAGUGAUGUGUAUGAUAUGAAGAAGAAAGCAUGGUACAGUUUUGAUGACUCACAUGUUACUAAGAUCAGUGAAGCCGAGGUGAAAUCGAAGCGGGAGAGAAGCGGAUAUAUAUUCUUCUACAUGAGCAAGGACAUAUUUGACGACUUGGCACUUCAACAUGCUGUGAUCACAACAAGUAAAACCACAUAAUAUAAUGUACAACAUUAGUGUACACUUACUAUUGAAUCCUCCUUUGAAAAUUUACAAAUAGAGUGUUGUUGACUAAAAGUGUACAAGAAUUAGAUAUGGCUCUUCAUUUUACAAACACAGUGUUGUUGAUUGAAAUGAACUGGAAAAAGUGAUGCAAUACUGAGAAUGAAGAUGUUCUGGCAUUAAGUGAGAGGAAGAUAUGAGGUGAAAAUAAUUGCCAAGUGAAAUGCAGGAUCUGGAUGAAAAGAAAGAAUAUUGUGUGCAGUCUCAUUUAUUUAGUUAUAGGGUGAAGUUAAUAGUAAGGGAGAAGUAUUGAUGUGAAUUUUAAUGUCAAAACCAAACAAACUGGCAGGAAAUCUGAAUACACCAAGUCAUCAAGUGAUUGGAAACAAAACACACACCAAGUCAUCCCAAGUCAUCCAAUGAUAUUGUCAGAGUUUUAGACAUAAAAAUGUAUGAUUAACCUGAAUUUAAGGUCUAGUUUGAAUUGGGUUUGUUGAAAUUGAUAGAUAUAUGGAGUUUUUAGAAUAUUCCUGCUUGUCAAAACCUAAGCAGUGUUUGACUUUGAGACUUUGAUUACAUUACUAUUUACAUUUAAAGAAAGUCUCGACUGUUACAUUAAAAAAGGGUAAUUGUACCUAUCUAGUGUUAUUUCUAGAGCGACACAGCGGGGCGCCCCGCCCUGCCCUUUUUAAUUGCCGCCCCGCUGCCCUUAUAAUGUGCCCUCCUGCCUUUGAUCUUCUGCUAAAUUCCGCCCUUUAUCCUGUGGACAUGCCUCGCUGAUUUUUUGAUCAGCAAAUUACGUCACGGCGAGUGCACACAGGUAACGAGAAUCAAUGAGGUGUUAUGAUUAAUUGAUAAAGUAUUGAUUAUGUGUACUGUCAAAAAAGCGCCAAUUAAUAAAUUAUCCGUAAGCGGCCAGCUGAUUAUCGAGCACGUGAAAAGCGCCCUGUAAAAUUUCUUCAUGCACCAUUGUUUAGUAUAAUAAGAAGAUAUCUUUGCAGUCUAAUCCUACCUUCAUUUUUACUAGCAAAUCCACAAAUUUUAAUGAAUUUCGAAAGCAAAAAUAAGUUAAAGAUAUCCAUUCACGAUUCUAAUUACACCCGAUGUCGUAUGCAAACAACAACAACAACAUGCAAAUUUUCAAUUAUUCCUUCAAAAAAGCUGAAUAUCACUGUUAAUUUUUAUGAUAAGUAUCAUCAUAAUUUGAGGAAUUAUCUCUGGUUUAACCUUAGUGAGUCAAGUAAACUGAACAAGAACUGCUUUCACAUGUCAUUCCGAAAGUGUACCAGUAUCCGGAUAGUACAUUUUGGAUACAUUUUUUACAAACUUUUAUAGCACUUUUCUGUUGAUGAAAUAUUGAUGAAAGGCCUAAUUAAUUUAUUAAUGACAUAAAUUUUGAUACAUAUUAGUUUACAAUGUAACCUGAAACUGACCUUUUUAUUAUGUUGUAACAUGAUCUUGGCUUCAAGCUUAUUAGAUACAUAUAACAUAUAAAACCCCUCCACUAUAUCAUAAUUAUCCAUAUGAAUAAGUUGACAUCCUUAGUAAUAUUUUUUGAGAAAAAAAGCUUCAAUGAAUGGUUUGACAAAAAAUAUGUAGUAAUGUUAAACCCUUUGUUAACUCUGUUACUGGUUUUGGGAACAUAUCUUUUACCACUUUAUUCAGUGAUUUAAAAGUAUAAAUCAUAAGUGUAAUAAAUACAUAACUAUAAACAUCUAGAAAUGUAACUACUGCUGCGGUAACUUUCCAGUUUAAAACAGCACUAUGCCCCUUUUUGGCAGCACCCUGCCCCUUUUAGACAGCACCCUGCCCUUUUUGAGCUCUAGAAAUAACACUACUGUCUCUGUUUAAUAUUUUCAUUCCUGUAUAUACUUUAAAAUAUAUGUUUAAUUUUUAACUUUUUAAAGUGGCUGACUCGGUCAGAAGUGAUUUAAACUACCAAUUCAGAGUUUGUAAUUUUCAUCUGUGACUUGAAUUUUAUACUAAAGAAACUGUAGACACUAAAUCACAACUGUAGUUAUUUUCCAAACAUUUUGAUUUGCUCUCGUUCACCUGUCCGUCAGAUUUGUGUCUAGCAUAUCUCAGAAAGUGUUUGAACUAGUCAUCGAACCUUACAGGGGUUUUCAGCAUAUGAAGUUGUGCACCAGGUGUUUUAUUUAUUAUUUCACACAUCCAGACUAAAAUUAUGGUCCUUGACCUUGGACCACCACUGUCCUAUGGACACACGUCUAGUUUUUCAAUAAGUUGUAUGUUGAAGAAAUUGUUGGUAAGUUAAUAUGUUCCCACAUUUAUGUUCGGGACGUUUAGCAUUGCUGCUGUCGGUACAUCCAUAUGUACUUCCCGAAAUCUUGCGUGUCCAACUCCUCCCACUCUAUUAGCCUGAUUUGCUUUAAACUUUCAUAGAUGAACAAGCUUGGUGUGCAGAUGACCAUAAAGGAAGGAACUUCUGUUUAUUUUUACAGCAGUUACAUCCCUUUGAUAAUUUUACAAAAUAGAAUACAGAGAAAAAUUUUGUAUGUCCAACUCCUCAAACACUAUUGAAAGAAUAUGCUUGAAAGUUUCACAGAUGAAAGACCAUCAUGUGAAGUUGACCAUAAAAAUAAUGGACUACUGUGGUUAGUUUUUCUAGAAUUAUGGCCCUUUUUUAAUUUCACAAAAUAGGCCAAAGCGAAGAAAUUUGGUGUGUUCAACUCCUCAUACACUUUUUGAAGGAAUGGAUUCAAAGUUGCUAUGAAUUUGACCAUAAAGAAUGGGCAGUGACCAUUUUGACCAGUGUUAUGGCCCUUUCUUAAUUUCACCAUGUUUGGUAUAUUGAAUAAAUUUUGUAUGCUCAAUCUCUCAUACCCUUUGAAGGAAUGGGUUCAAAGUUGCAUAAGUGAAGAACCUUUAUAUGAAAUUGCCCAGUAUGUUGGGGCAUCCGUGUCCUAUGGACACAGUCUUAUUUCAUACCUGAAGGAUGUCCAAAAUAAAGAAAACACAGAUCUGUAGAAGUCAACUAUAAUUUAUUUCACUUAUAUUAACUUGAUGAAUAAUUUAUAUGUGUAAGUUAACUGUUACCUUGGAACGAGUGUUCAGGAGAUAACAACUGUGUGAACAUAAUAAAUGUGAGUUAUUUAUAUUUAAUUAAAAUGCAUUAUUUUAGGGCAUUACUGUAUUCAUUAAACGUAUUUAUCCAUGACUAAAUAUGCUGUCGAGACCACCCUAGAGAAGUCAGAAUGGUCUCUAUACAGGCUGUCUUUAGUCACAGGUCGAAAUAUAGUAAAACCUCUGUGAAAGAAACCUCCAAGUAGCAGAUACCUUGCUACAAUGGAAAAAUGUUCUUUCUCAUCAGACAAAACACUGUGCAACAUAUUUAAGAGAAGAAAAAUGGACAAGAUUUUCCCCAAUUUGAGUUGUGACAGCACAAUCUUGUCCUAAUGUGAAAUGCAACCAUUUCCGUGGAAAAAAACACUGGAUAUGAUUCAUUUAACACUUCUUCUAUUUAUUGCUGUACAGGUAUGGAAUGGCUUGCCAGUCUAUAGCCAGAACUAUUACAAGAGUUCAAGAGGUCUGAGUGAAAAUAGUCCUGAUUAUUGGCAAGCAAUUCAUUAAAUGUCUUGACCCUUAACAUUCUGAACACGAUUGGUUGUGCCUUUAUGACUAGUGUAGAUCCAUGAAGGGAUUUACGACCAGUGAAGAUCAUGAUCAGCCUGCACAUCCAUGCAGUCUGAUCAAGAUCUGCACUUGUUGCCAUUCAGGCAGUAUCUUUUUGGUAUGCACCCUUUUAACAGUUAAUGGUACUGUCCAAAUUGAAAGAUGUACAAGUUCAUUUUAGAAAUUUAGCAGGGUAAUGGUUAAGUCAUGACAUCAUAUUGUCUAUGUCAAAAUUUAUUAUGCUAGUGUAAAAAUUAUCAGAAGUAUGAUGUCCCAUGACGUCAAAUGUAAUAAUAGGAAUUUAGGAUACUUAUAUCAUACCUUAUUGUAUUUUUGAAAAUUUUAUACACCUUGCUUCUUAUUAUGUCUCCCAACACAAAGUUGUGUUGGAGAUAUUGUGCAUUACUCCUGUCUGUGUGUCUGUCUGUCGCAAUGAUGGUCUGCACCAAGUUGAACAUUUCUCAUCCGAUCUUUACCAAACUUAAACAAAAUGUAAGACCCCAGCCAGGUUCGAUAACUACCCAGAUAGGCCGAGGCACUUCAGAAUUAUGGCCCUUGAACAUAAUAACACACGACUACCAGUGCAUCAUUGUAGACCAGUUACUCCACUCCACUACCCAUGCAGCAUUGUAGACCGGUUACCAAUAAUGACACAGCAUUGUAGACGGUUACUCCAACAUGUGAAUACCAAUAGGCCACAAAAAGUACACAAAGACAGACUUACUAUUCAGAUGAUUAGGCAGUUGUGGGAGACAUGCGCUUUUCUCAAAAGCACCUAGUAUUACUUUCAUUACUAUCCUCUGUUGUAUCUGUAAAUAAACCAGGUUAUGAUUUGUUUAUGCACUGCUUUAUGUGAUUUUAAAUCCUGUCUAUUUAACAGGUUCUUUAUUCUUACAAUAUUCUUACAAGAGUUGAAUUGGUUUUGUGUCAGUGUGAUUUAGCCUGUCAGGUAAAGCACAUCUGCCACAGCAGAUGUGUCUCCAACAGUGAUUGGAAGUUGUUUACUAGUCGUAAAAAGCACUGUACAAGUGGCCUUUUCCACAUUGACCAUUUCCACGUGAAUUUUGUAUCAUUUUAUCAGGUGUCUGAACUUAUUCAAGAUAACACAUUAUUUCCAGUGACCUCUUUACCAAAAUUUGAUUUUGUCAUAAACAGCCAGCAUCUUAGCAACCAAAUAUAAUUCAACUUUCUUUGAUUUUUAGCUCGACUAUUCGAAGAAUAAGUAGAGCUAUCCUACUCACCACGGCGUCGGCGUCGGCGUCGGCGUCACACCUUUGGUUAAGUUUUUCGUACCAGUCCACAUUUUGACAAAGUCUUCUGAGAUAAAGCUUUGAAACUUUCAACACUUGUUUACCAUCAUCAUGGCCAGUUAUAGGCAAGAGCACAUAACUCAAUCAAGGAUUUUGGCUGAAUUAUGGCCCCUUUUGACUUAGAAAUCAUGGUUAAGUUUUUCGUACCAGUUCAUAUUUUGACAAAGUCUUUUGAGAUAAAGCUUUGAAACUUUCAAUACUUGUUUACCAUCACCAUGUCCAGUUAUAGGCAAGAGCAUAUAACUCUAUCAAGGAUUUUGGCUGAAUUAUGGCCCUUUUUGACUUAGAAAUCUGGGUUAAUAUUUCGUACCAGUUCAUAUUUUGACAGUCUUUUGAGUUAAAGCUUUGAAACUUUCAACACCUGUUUACCAUCACCAUGUCCAGUUAUAGGCAAGAGUACAUAACUCCAAGGAUUUUGGCUGAAUUAUGGCCCCUUUUGACUUAGAAAUCAUGGUUAAGUUUUUCGUACCAGUUCAUAUUUUGACAAAGUCUUUUGAGAUAAAGCUUUGAAACUUUCAAUACUUGUUUACCAUCACCAUGUCCAGUUAUAGGCAAGAGCACAUAACUCCAUCAAGGAUUUUGGCUGAAUUAUGGCCCUUUUUGACUUAGAAAUCUGGGUUAAUAUUUCGUACCAGUUCAUAUUUUGACAAAGUUUUGAGAUAAAGCUUUGAAACUUUCAACACCUGUUUACCAUCACCACGUCCAGUUAUAGGCAAGAGUACAUAACUCCAUCAAGGAUUUUGGCUGAAUUAUGGCCCCUUUUGACUUAGAAAUCUUGGUUAAGUUUUUCGUACCAGUUCAUAUUUUUUGUAAAGUGUUUGACAUAUGGCUUUGAAACUUUUAUCACUUGUUUAGUAUAAUAGUCUCUAUCUGUAGGAAAGAGAACAUAACUCUGUCAUCUAUUUUGGCUGAAUUAUGGUCCUUUUUGGAUUUUGAAAUUGGUUCUGUUUUCAUACAAGUCCAUGUUUUGUCAAAACUAUUUGACAUAUGGCUUUUAAACUUUGAACACUUGUUUAUCAUUAUGAUUUCCAUCUGUAGGCAAGAGUACAUAACUUUUUUGACUGAAUUAUGGCCCUUUUUGGACUUUGAAAUUGGCUCAUAUAUUGCCAUUUAGUGCAAGACUUAUCGAAAUCAAAGUAAUACAGGAACAUUGUUUGUCUAAUCUAUUUAUUUCUUUUGUCUGAAUAUCCGUGGAAAUAUUUUGACCCCAUUCUUCAAUCAAUUCUUCGAAUAGUGGAGCGUGCUGUCAUCAGACAGCUCUUGUUUUACUAGCCCGCCUGCUUAGCUCAAUAGGGAGAGUGCAGGUCUAUGGAUGGUGGGGUCGUGAGUUCAAGCCUUUGGGGAGGCGUAUGUUCUCGGUGACAAUUGUGUCUGAAAUCAUUUGUCCUCCACCUGAUUCAUUCAUGUAAGGAAGUUGGCAGUUACUUGCGGAGAACAAGUUUAUACUGGAUUUAGGAACACUGGUUAUAAAUGUUAACUGCUCCUGUUAACUUCCAAAGCAAAAAAAAAAAACAUUUUUACUAUGAACACAAUUUUCCAAGCUUUCAGUCUAAGGGACAUUGCUUCAUUUUAUUCUUGAUAUCUUGCUUGAUUAUUUUUAGAAAUAUUGAUUUUGUGAUACAGUCUCUUUUAAGACUCAAGUUUAGAAUUGUUAGCACAGCUAGUUAAUACUGUCAGAUAUAAAUCAGAUGUAAAGAAUUAACCCUUAGCCUGCUGCAGGCGAAUUUAACAGCCUUUGCAAACAGCUUGGAACCGGAUCAGACGCCGAUUAAAUCGGCGUCUGAUCAGGUUCCAAGCUGUUUGCUACUCUGACAAUAUUUCUUCCAAUUUUGGAGCAAAUUGAAUGAACUUUACAAUUUUAGCAGACGACAUUUCCAGCAGACGACAAUUUAUCUAGCAUGCUAAAGGUUAAUUAGCAAUAAACAUUUUCUCACCUGUAGUUAUCAUUGAAUUUACAUUAUUUUGAUUUUGAAGUUUUAUUUACAUGUUAAUAUUGAUAUGGUAUAAUGUGGUAUAAACUAUGUUGAAACUUUUUGUAUGAAUAUUGUUAAUGAUGAAAUUGACAUUUGUAAGUUAUGAUGUUAUAGAGUAAUUUAAAGAAUAUUAAAAGAUUCUUACUUA